GGUUCGACAAUAUUGUCAUUUAAACUUUCUACGUUAUACUUUAUUUUUGUCCGUUUUAAUUGAAAUCUAGUUAAACUAUACUGUGAGAUCGCUUCUCUUUCAUUUUUAGUUACAACUCGUUUUCCCCGUUUUGUGUGUGUUUGCAAUUUACUAAUCAUGUUUAUACUUAAAUCUCCAUGUCCCCAAUCAUAGUGAACCCCAUGUCAAAGUUGUUGGAAGGUGGAAUUUUCCUUUUAGAACCUUCAUCAUUUGAUCUCUAAUUUUGGGGAAUCAUAUUGUUUGACUCUUCAUCUUUGAAAUGAUCGGUAUUUUCCUAUGAGAUCCAGGAUAUUCAAAGCCGUGGGGUUCCCUUAAAACUUGAAAUCUUGAGUUCCUUUAGCAUUGAUGCGUGUGGCCAUAAGUUAGUAUACAAAGGAAUUGUAAACCAAUAUUUGUUCUUGUGUUCUAGACUUCAUGAAAAAAUAUAAACGUUUACUGACUGAAGGGUGUAUAGUCUUUUGUUUUUCAUUUGUUCUAGAUGGCUUGGGGACUGAAGUCAAUGAAGAAGGCAUCACUUUCUACAACAAUCUUAUCAAUGGACUUCUUGCAAAAGGAAGCAAUCGAAGGUUGGACAAAUAGGAAAUUUGUCGAUUAUUUUGGCCUAUAUGCAGAUGCUUGUUUUGCAAAUUUUGGUGAUAGAGUAAAGCAUCAGAUCACAUUAAAUGAACCUCUUAAGAUCUCAGUGAAUGGUCACUAUAUUGGUAUAUUUGCACCUGGAAGAAACGAGAAGCCCUUGAUCGAACCAUAUUUGGUUUCGCAUCAUCAGGUGUUGGCUCAUGCAACUGAUGUUUACAUAUAAAGAAGCAAGUACAAGAUACUAUAAUUAUUGUGGUUAAGGAACCUAAUUUUUAUUUGAUGCUCCGUUUCUUAUUAAACAUAGGCUUUUCAUAUGUUAAGGUUGCAUAAAUGCCAUUAUUGCUUGAGAAAGUGAUAAAUAUCAUAUAAAGUAUUUGCUGACUAUGCGUCAAAUAAUUUGUUCACUUGCAACUCUA